ACAGUUCGUGAGUGAAGAAUUGGAAAUUAUGAAGUAAAAAUAAUAUUCUAUUUUAUUGUUUAAAUGACAGCAGGAAAAGAAACCAUGGGUGAGCAGCCGAUCUUCACGUGCAAGGCACACGUGUUCCACAUAGACCCGAAGACGAAGCGGUCAUGGAUGUCGGCCAGUUCUGCGGCAGUCUCCGUCUCCUUCUUCUACGACUCCUCCAGGAACCUGUACAGGAUCAUCAGCGUCGAGGGUACCAAGGCGGUGAUCAACAGCACCAUAACAGCGAAUAUGACGUUCACGAAAACAUCGCAGAAAUUCGGCCAGUGGAGCGACGUGAGGGCAAACACCGUAUACGGGCUCGGCUUCGCAUCGGAGGCCGAGUUAGGAAAGUUUAUCGAGAAGUUCCAAGAGGUGAAAGAGGCGAUACAAGCGCAGCAGUGUACCGGCGGGGCCAAGAGUGUGACCAACGGCAACAGUGGCGCCGCCACUCCCGUCGCCAGCGCGACUGCCAGUCCACUGCUAGCUGGCCGCGCAGCGCAGCAGGAUGACGUUGAGCCGGCCAUCUCGCCCGCACAGCCGAAGGUGGACAAUGAUGAGAUGAUGGUGCAUCAACGAGCUCACUCUGUAUCUUCCACAUUGCAGGGCGGGUACGCGACGGUGGGUCGUGCCCCGCGCGGUCCUCUGUCGUCGGUGGGGGCGGCGGGGGUCGCGGCGGGGGGCGCGGGUGCCGGGGGGGUCACGGCGGGCCCCCCGCUCGCGGCCGACCCUGCGUCGGGCCCCGAGGGCGCCGACCACCAGCUGCGGUACGAGAACGAUCGCUUGAAGCUGGCACUGGCGCAAAGCUCUGCUAAUGCGAAGAAAUGGGAAGUGGAACUGGCCACUCUGAAGAGCAACAACCUCCGGUUGACUGCCGCCCUGCAGGAGAGUACCGCCAACGUGGACGAGUGGAAGCGUCAGCUCCACCAGUACAGGGAGGAGGUGGCUCGCGCAAGACACUACGCUGGAAAAGGUGGGGAUGCCAACGAAGUAGAACAACUGCGACAGCGCGUCGCUCAACUGGAGGCUGAGUUGGCGCAGAAGAAUGAGGAGCUGGCGCAGAUCACAAAGUCUAGAAAGAGCGAGCAGGACGCUGAGGCGAAGUUAGCUCAGAGUCAGUUGGAGCUGGCGUUGGCGGCUCAGGACGGGCAGCGGCAAGUCAUACACGCGCUGAAUGACCAGCUCGCGAGGCAGCUCGAUGAACUGACAACGAUCCAUCGCGAGAUAAAUACAGCGCUGCAAACAUGAGACGCGGCUCAGCCUCCGCCGCCGCCGAUAUACGCGUCCGUGCACAAGGAUCGCCGCCCGCUGCCGCUGCUGCUGCAGCAUCCGCAUCCGCAUCCCUCACAUCCGCCGCAUCCGCAGCCGCACCCACAUCCGCGCCCGCCGCGCCCGGACGGCGAGGAACCCACCUACGUCACCGUGAAGGCGAAGAAAUGAAGAGGGUUCUCGGUAUUUCGCAAGGUGCAUGAGUUUUUCUAAUUUUGUUUCAGUUUGGUUCUCGAUUGAGAGGAGUUGGUG